GCGGUGGCCCUGUCGUCCAAGUCCGGCCCUUCCCGCGGCCGGAAGGUGAUGCUGUCCGCGCUGGGCGUGCUGGCGGCUGGGGGCGCAGGGCUGGCUGUGGCCCUGCACUCCGCCGUGAGCGCCAGCGACCUGGAGCUGCACCCUCCCAGCUACCCGUGGACGCACCGUGGCCUCCUCUCUUCCUUGGACCACACCAGCAUCCGGAGGGGCUUCCAGGUGUAUAAGCAGGUGUGCUCCUCUUGCCACAGCAUGGACUAUGUGGCCUACCGCCACCUAGUGGGCGUGUGCUACACGGAGGAGGAAGCCAAGGCGCUGGCCGAGGAGGUGGAAGUUCAGGAUGGCCCCAAUGAAGAUGGGGAGAUGUUCAUGCGGCCAGGAAAGCUGUCUGACUAUUUCCCCAAACCGUACCCCAACCCUGAGGCUGCCCGAGCUGCCAACAAUGGAGCCUUGCCCCCGGACCUCAGCUACAUCGUGCGAGCUAGGCACGGGGGUGAGGACUACGUCUUCUCCCUGCUCACGGGCUACUGUGAACCACCCACUGGGGUGUCGCUACGCGAAGGCCUCUACUUCAACCCCUACUUCCCUGGCCAGUCCAUUGGCAUGGCCCCUCCCAUCUACACCGAUGUCCUGGAGUUUGACGAUGGCACUCCAGCCACCAUGUCCCAGGUAGCCAAGGACGUGUGUACCUUCCUGCGCUGGGCGUCUGAGCCAGAGCAUGACCACCGUAAACGCAUGGGGCUCAAGAUGCUGCUGAUGAUGGGCUUGCUGCUCCCCCUCAUCUAUGCCAUGAAGCGGCAUAAGUGGUCAGUCCUGAAGAGUCGGAAGCUGGCAUAUCGGCCACCCAAGUGACACUGGCCACCAUCUGCUUGCCAUCCUAGAGGCCCUGGAUUCAAGGGGCCACCCUGGGCCUGUUGAGGCCUCUGCUGGCCCACUCAGCCAAGCCCCUCUUCAUCUGGGACAAGAGGGGAGGGGGCAGGGGACCGGGCUCUAGCUCCAGACCCUUCCCCUUUCUCCUCCCUGUCAUGGAUAAAUUAAAAGUUUCUCGAUGUGCCCA